AUGGUAACCUCGUGGUUGUGGAAUUCGAUCUCGAAGGACAUCGUAGAGGCCUUCAUGUAUGUGAGUUCGUCGAGGGAGUUGUGGCUGGAGAUUCAGUCUAGAUAUGGACGCAGCAGCGGGCCUAUGAUCUAUCAAAUACAACGUGAGAUUUCUUCAAUCUCACAAGGAGAUAUGACACUGACUUCCUACCUAACGAAAGUGAAGAAGUUGUGGAAUGAGCUAUUUUGUUUAGCUCCUUCGCCCAAGUGUACAUGUGGAGGAUGCUCCUGUGGAAUCAAUGCAGCUAUUGGGGAGAUGUAUUCUUCGAUGCAACUAAUGCAGUUCCUCAUGGGACUCCAUGAGAAUUUCGACAAGGAGAAAACCCAGCUUUUAAUGAUGGAUCCCUUACCCGAUCUAGAGAGAGCUUUCUCGAUUAUCUUUGCUGUGGAGCAGCAAAGAAAUGUACAAAUUCAACUUACAGACAGCACGAACAAUGCGGCGUACCAAGUAACUUUGAGUGAGAACAAAGACAAAGGAGGAUAUAAACAAACACAGAAACGUAGAUCAUUCAUUGACAAGCGCUCCAUGGUUUGCACACAUUGCAAUAAGAUAAGACACCUAAGAGAUACAUGCUUCCAAUUGCACGGGAUGCCAGAUUGGUUCAAAACGCUGAAUGACAAGAAGAGGAUGGGAGUGAAUCAUAAUUUUUCUGGAAAUGUAGAAGGCAGAGUGGCUAAAAAAGUUAAAAGCUCAAGUGGUGAAGCAAAGUCUGAGGUAGCAGAUUUGAUGGCUGAGAUACUCAAAAUGAUGAAGCAGAAGGAAACACCUACAGACCCUAUCUCAAAUUACGCGAACUAUGUACACUAUGAUGAGGAGUUUGCAGGUAACAUUCUUGAACCUUUUGCCCCGAAUGCGAGUGACUGGAUUAUUGACACUGGAGCUACAAAUCACGUGUGCGCACAUUUGUCAUGUUUCGAUACUUAUUCUGUUUCUUCUCAUACUCAUCUCAUCCAUUUGCCUGAUGGAACUAAGAAAACCGUGACUUAUGUCGGCACUGUGAGAAUAUCAAACAAACUGACCCUUACCUCAGUAUUUUUUGUUCCAGAAUUUUCUGUAAAUCUCCUCUCAGUGAGUCAGCUUUGUAGCAGCAAUAUAUACUCCUUUCUUUUCAAUCAGUUUAGCUGCAUCUUGCAGGACUAG